AUGGCGGAGAAAUACGUAACGAAGGAGCAUCUUACCUGCUGCGGCCACACCUACUUUGACGUCGGCGAGAUGAUCAAGCACUACGAACAAUCACACUCAACAUUCCAUUGCAUCCAGGUAGGGGCGAGAGGCAAUAGCGGCAAGAACAACCAGGCUGGAACUCUGGCCGAAAAAUCUCUAAUCGUUGCAGCGGUUCCAAUUCUACGAUCGAGGCCGUUGUUUACAGGCAGUUUUAAGCCACGGGCUCGGCCAUCUCAGACUCAGCUACCCCAGGACCAACAAUCUCAAGAUCCAGAGCCCGAUCUCUCACAAAUCUGA